ACGAAUCAGAUUCUUUUCGACGAUGAUCGGAAGUUUAGCAAACAUAUGCAGCGUUAAUACUCCCUAAAUUCCCGAGUCAAUUCAACAUAAAAGGGUGAUAAAGUACAUGCUAAAAGUACUACUAAAAGUACUACUAAAAGCUGUGUUAACUUUAUGCAGUAAAAAUAGUUCCUAUGCAUUAGGAAUCCCUCACAGCAACAGCAACAAUAAUUUUAAUCGUUAUUUUUAUCCUAUCGAUGAAAAAGCGUAGACUCCAUUGUUUUUAACUUUUAAAAAGUAAGUCCUAAUGACACAGUGCCGGCCUUUAACAUUUAAAUUACAAUAAUUUAUAACUAACUAUCACCUUUGUAUAUAAAUUAAUCAACCAGCUAAAAUGAGUUUUCGUGGUCGAGAUAAUGACGCGGGCAGCAAGAUGGAUAUGAACGAGUCCAGAAGAUAUGGUAAUAUGGAUAAUGAUAGAGGAGGAAUGAAUGAUGAAAUGGAUGAUCGCAGAUUUGACUCGAGUCGAGGACGAAGACCUCCAUUUGGGCGUGGUAGAAGACCAUCUCCACCAAACAGAGAUCGCAAUAAUAGGGACUUUUUUGGUAGAGAUGAACCUCCUAUGUUGAGAGAUAGAUCUCCAUUGCGAGGGUCUGAUGAUCGUUUUAAUGAUAGAUUUAAAAAAGAGGAUAGCGGUUUUAUGAAGAGAGACGAUAGGAGGGAUACAGGAAGGCCUUUUUAUGGGGAUGAUUCUCGGGAACGUUUCAUGGACAAACCUAGGUCUGAAGGCCCUGGUGGAUUUGAUCACUUUUCUGGACCUGGUGGUGAUUCUUUUAAUGCUCGGUCUAUGAACUUUCCGAGUGGUCCACCCCCAAGAAUGCCUACUGGAGGUUUUCCCAAGCCUAAUGAAUGUGAAAUAAUUGUUGUAAAUAAAAAUCACAGGGUUUAUGCAGAGUCAGUUGAAGCUAGAGUGAAAGAAAUUGGAAUUGUUGUUGAUAUGCUGUUUUUAAAAGAUGAAGCUCUCUUAACACAGACCAUUGAUGAUAUUGCUCGCCGUGGUAGCUUAUAUGCGAUGGUUAUUAGCCCGCAAAAUGAAACUCAUAGAUCUGUUACAGUUAAUAUUCUUCAUGGCACUCCUCAAGAACAUCGUAAUAUGCCAUUAGAAGAUGCUCUAAAGUUGCUGGGUCAAAACUUUCAUAAGCAUGUUCGCUUGCAACGAGAAAAAAUGGAACGCGAACGAGCCGAGCGUGGACCUUACGUUGGAAACGUAUCUGCCGACCGAGAAAUUCAAUUACUGCUUCGCAUGCUCGCUGAUGGACGAUGGUUAUCUGAAACUGAGUUAACUGCAGUAAUUCGUUACUUAACUGAAAGGCGAGAUAAAAUUACGGGCAAUGCAGAGGAAGAUAGGAGAAUCGGUCGAACUCCCAUCCCUCCUGCUAAUAUAAAGAUGGAUCAACCCCCCUUUCAAAAAGAUAAUAUUGAUGUGGCCCAAAAAGAACAAGAUCUCCAAAAUCGCAUUAUGAAUAUCAUGAAUCAAGGAGCACCUACAUCUUCAAGUCAAAAUACCAACAUGUUGUCAAGUAAUGAUAUUCCAUUAAAUAGAGGUAAUCAGUCUUUCGGGGCUAAUACCAUGAAUCCGCCAUCGUCUGGGAGUACAAAUAUUCCUGGGCUAAAAACCAUGGAUGAUAAACUUUCAACUAGUAGAGAUGCAAGUUCUGCUUUAGGAGACACUCAAACAGGUGGUGAUGCUGCUCCGCCAAGCACAUUUAUUAAUUUUGGAGAUCCAAGUGUGCAAAAAGCAUUGGACAAUUUAAUACAAACUGGACCAAAUAUACUAAAAAAUAUCAAAUCUUCUUUGUCAAAUCAACCUCAAAGUUCUCUUCUUGGGAAUACAUCUAAGCCUCCAAUAAGUAGCACUGGAAUGGGAUCUCCCAAUGAUGCCAUGGGAAUGCCAAGAGAUGGUAUGGGAUCAGCUAGGGGACCUAGUGGAUUGUCCGAUAUCAGUGGAAAUGCCAAUAACAGAGGUCCAGGAAAUUUAGACAUGGGUCCACCUAGGGGACCAGGCGGCUUGUCAGAUUUAGGUGGCCCAAGACCUAGGGGAAAUGUGGGCUCAUCUGAUGGUAUGGGCAUGGGACCUCCUGGAAGAUUUGGUGGUAUGUCUGAUAUGGGUGGAAUGAGUUCACAACACAAUUUUGGAGGUAAUAACAUGCAAGACUCUGGAAUGGGUCAACAAAGAAUGUCUGAUGUAAAUCGUAUGGGUCCACCUAGAGGUGGUAAUAUGGGAAUGGGUUCAGGUGGCCCCCGUGGCAUGGGUAAUGAUUUUCCUGGUCAAAACCAAUUUGAUCAAUUUAAAGGCCCUGGGAACCAACCUGGCAGUUAUUCUGGUGGAUCAUUCAAUUCUGGUCCAGGUAUGGGAAAUAUGAGACAGGAAUAUGGAGGAAUGGGUCGUAGACCUGGAGGACGCUAUUAAAUUCAUUUCAUACUUUUAAACACAACACAAAUAGCUGGAGUAGUGCUCAUUCAUUCCUUGUAUUCAUAUUGGUGUUUUUCAUUUAUUUUGUGUCUGUUAAUUUUAUGUUAUUGAAUAAAGGAACAUAGAAAGCUCGUCUUUUUACUCUUA